AUGCGGUUACUGCGACGCUUGGGAUUUGAAUGCCUUGGCAGAGUCUGUGAUGCGGCAGCGGGCAUCCUGUGCUACGUGGGCGCCUACGUCUUCAUCACGUACGACGACUACGACCACUUCUUCGAAGAUGUCUACACGCUCAUCCCUGCUGUGGUUAUCAUAGCGGUGGGCACGCUCCUCUUCAUCAUCGGUCUCAUCGGCUGCUGCGCCACCAUCCGAGAGAGCCGCUGCGGGCUGGCCACAUUUGUGAUCAUCCUCUUGCUGGUCUUUGUCACAGAAGUGGUGGUCGUGGUCUUGGGCUACAUCUACAGAGCGAAGGUGGAAGAUGAAGUCAAUCACAGUAUCACGAAAGUGUAUGAUGCGUACAAUGGGACGAACCCAGACGCCGCUAGCCGCGCCAUCGACUACGUGCAGAGACAGCUGCACUGCUGCGGGAUCCAUGACUACACAGACUGGAAGACGACAAACUGGUUCAGAGAGACGAAGAACAACAGCGUGCCCUUGAGCUGCUGCAAAGCCAGCGUCAUCAACUGCACGGGGAGCCUGGCUCACCCCGCGGACCUUUACGGCGAGGUCGGCUCCUUUCCGACUUCCGACUUUUUACGCACCCAGAGUCUCUUGGGCAUGCUGUGUGCCUGCAUCGUCCUCUGCCGGAGGAGUCGAGACCCCGCUUACGAACUGCUCAUCACCGGAGGGACCUACGCGUAGAAGAAGCUGCCGAACCUAAACUUGAAUUUCCGUUUCCCUCCACUCGGAAAAGGUGGCUCAGUUGGGUCUGUCGCGAGCAGUUGCCGUCGGUUUGGUUAAGCGAGCCGGGACAGCGAGCACAUACACUGAUGAUGGGCAAAGGCGUGGCUUUCCUUAACCCCCUCGCCCCCAUAUUACUAUGACUCCCCCCCCCUCCUCCCCAUCUGUUUUAGCCUGCUGUCCACCUAUCUGUAUGUUUCCAGUAACCAAAUAAACACUAAUUUUGGAACCAUUGACAAAAGAGAGAGAGAGAGAGAGAGAGAGCAGGGUGACGUAAGAAUUGUAGAUUGUGUAGCCUGAGCUUGGUAAAUUGCCUAUGGAGCCCGUCCCGGUUUUGACCUUUGCAUACAGAAUCCUUCCAGUCUCCGCUGGGGGGAAUUACUGGCCAAAGUCGCGUGAAAGGAAGCUUGCCCGCGUUUUAAUUUCGCGAUGCCCCGCGUGUCCCACGUUCUUGCCCGCCGCCAGUGUUCGUUUUCACAGGAGCGUUUCGGUGAAGCCCAGAACACACUACUGCUAACCAAAAUUUUAGAAUCCUACGUGCUCAUUUCCUGACCUUCUUUUUAAAACAACUUCAAAUGAGUGAAUCUUCCGAAACCUCUUCGUUUUAAAGUACAAGCUGGCUUUUCAGGAGUAUAAUGUAUGCACUACUGUUCUAUAAUGAAUAUUUUUUUCGGGGUUUUUUUUUUUUUCUAUGAGGAGCUGUUUUAAUGUGUCGAGUGAACUGUUCUUGUAGAGUAGCAAAAAAAAAAUUUAGUACGUGAAGGUGAAUUGUGUAAAUAGAAGACCUGAUUAAAUAAAUCUUCUGUAAAUCUCUCUCC